CCCCCCGCCUUUUUUGGCUGCCCUUUAGGUGUUUGAACGGAACACAGUAACACACCCUAGGUCCCUAACCGCAAUACCGCAUCUUCUUCUUAGUGUUCAUCACUAUUCACUACUGACGAGGCGACCACCACUCUUCAUCAACAGAGUCGGCAUCAACCAGCACCGUCCGCCGCAACCCCGCGAACACGCGAGCCGCCACCGGCUACCGCGCAGCCCUGCCUUCCGCCGCACCUGCAAGCUGGAAAAAAUUCAGUUACUCGCUACUCAGCUAGCAUAAAUGGUUGAGGCUACAACAUUGGACAUGGAAGGAAGAGUUGGCAGUCAAGCUCCUCAGCUGAUUGAGGUGCUGAAGGAUAUGAAAGCAGGCUUGGAUACCGUGAGGUCCAAGGUGCAGGCUUUGACUUCAAAGGUGAAAGGAAAUCAGUUUCCAACAUCAGACGGUAUAAGCUAUCUUGAAGUGAAACAUCUGUUACUUCUGAACUAUUGUCAGUCACUGGUCUAUUAUUUGCUUCGGAAGGCCAAGGGGAUGUCAAUUGACGGACACCCUGUUGUUCGUAGUCUUGUAGAGAUAAGACUCUUUCUGGAGAAGAUUCGUCCUAUUGAUAAGAAGAUGCAAUAUCAAAUUCAGAAGCUGACAAGAGUAUCUGAAACUGCAGCUGAAAAAUCAGUUUCGACUGACAAAGGAUCAAAUACAACUCAAGAGGACUUGUUAAAAUAUCGUCCCAAUCCUGAGUUGAUGACUAGCAAAAGAAUUGCAGAAGACUCGAAUGGUAUCUAUAAACCUCCAAAGUUUGCUCCAGCUAUAAUGGAUGAAGGUAAGACAUCAAGACAAGAGAGGAAUGCUCUGAGGAAGGAGAAAGAGAUGCUUCGACAGUCUAAACAAAACACAUAUGUGAAAGAGUUGAUUAAUGAUAUUGAAGGAAAACCUGAAGAGUGGAGGGAGUCUGGAGCAGAGAGUAGAGAACUUAGACAGUAUAUGGAUAAGAUGGAAAAGCGUGAUAGAAAAGAGGAGGAUCUUUUCAACCGUGCCCCUCUCACAAAAUUGGAGAAGAAGCAAAUGAAACGUCUAAAGAAGUCACAAAACGGGUUACAGGGGCUGACCGAGAGUUUUUUUGAUGAGGCGAUGGCUCUAAAUUUUGAUGAAGGUGUUUCUGAUCGAUCAAUUGACUUGGGGGGUAAAGAAAGAAAGCAGCACAAGAAACGUAAGAGAAGGAAUUGAUUAUCUGAAAGAUCAUAUAUUGGGCUUGCGGGCUUCACUUUUCCUUUAUCAACAGACGAUUAUUUCUCCCUUAGCAUGAGCAGAGGCUUGUUUUCGAAGUACUUUUAAUGCUGUUGUUUCUGUAGAAUAGAAAUAGAAAGGCACUGUAAUUUUUUGUUCCGUGAGUAGUUUGACUUUUUGCACAAUAAAUAUUCACUCCUUUGAUAGGGUUUGGGAAUGUCAAGGUUUCAUCCACCCACCCAUCCAAUAUUUUACCUUUUCUAACAAUCAUGAAUGUUGGGAUGAUAGAUAAAUCAUGGAUUUAAGUAUUUAACUUAUGUGAGAGUGCAGCUAAAAUGCGCACUCUGAGUGUUGAAUUUUGC